AUGGGCCGUCAGAGGGAAGCGGAGCCUUUGUAUCAAAAGACUCUGGAAAUUCAGGAGCGUACCCUUGGGGGCGAACAUCCCGACAUGCUGCGCUCCAUGAUGAACUUAGCCCAUUGCUUGGCAGAAAUGAGUCGACUCCGAGAGGCGGAAGAACUCUUCAGGCGAUCAUUGGAGGCCAAAGAGCGAACACUCGGAGCCGAGCAUCCAAGCACACGAAAGUCGGCCCGGAGCUUGGAGAAGCUUCUGCGCGAGAGGGAUCAUGAAAGUGAAGCCUCGCCCAGAACGCCUCCCCAAAACCCCGAUCUCGCUCCGGAACUUGGGGAUGUUCCUGCUCAACACACCGCUCUGCACCAGAGGAGCCGUCCCAGUGAAGCCUCUCCAGCGCCGUUUCCCCGGCUCGGCGCCUUCGCGCGGAUCGUGCGCCGGGUGGCUUCGAUGUGGUGCUGCCGAGCGUGCCGUGGACGAGCCCGGUCGCAGCUCGAUGAUUCCAAAUUGGAGUAG